UCGGCACAAAAGUUCAACUUGCCAGAGAAAAAUAUGGUAGCUAAGAAGCAGGUGCAGAAGAAGGCGAGCGGCAAGAAGGUCGAGCGCUCGACCCUGCGCAAGAGCAUCACCCCCGGCACCAUCGCCAUCAUCCUCGCCGGUCGCUUCCGUGGCCGCCGGGCCGUCGUGCUUAAGCAGCUGCCGCGCAACGGACCGCUGGUGAUCUCCGGCCCGAUGAAGUACAACGGCGUACCGAUUCGCCGCAUCGACUCGCGUUAUAUCAUCGCCACGAGCACGAAGGUGGAUAUCUCCUCCGUGGAUACGAGCGAGAUCACCCCCGAGGUGUUCGCGCGCCCCAAGGCGGAGAAGCCGGUUAAGAGCGAAAGCGACUUCAUGGGUGAUAAGCGCAAGAAGGCUGCGGAGAAGGUUGCGAAGAAGACCAGCAAGGCCGCGAAGAAGACCAUCGUCUCGGAUCUUCGCGCCCAGCUCCAGAAGAAGGUGGACGCUGCCCUCAUUGAGUCCAUCAAGAAGGACAAGAUGGGUACGGCCAAGGCCGGUUAUCUUCGCUCGGUCUUCACGAUCAAGCCUGGCGAUACCCCCCACCGCUGGAACUGGUAAUAUAUUUCCCUGGGCUUUUUGAAACUAGCAGGACAACAUUUCAUUUUAUUUUUGGAUUUAAAAUUCCAAUAAAUUAUUA